GCUAUAAAACGCUGUUUCUCAGGGUCCCUUGCGCUUUCACUCUCGCGCGCCGCGUCUUUCGUGUCCAGCAUGGAAUCCGUCUACGUUCGUCACGUGGAGCUCCUGGGCUUCGAGAAACGGUUCUACCCCAGCCAGCACUAUGUAUACAUGGUACUGGUUAAAUGGAGCGACUUGUCAGAGAAGUUGAUUUACAGAAAAUACCCAGAGAUCUACACUUUUCAUAAAUCCCUGAAAGAAAUGUUCCCAAUUGAGGCUGGGGACAUUGACGCCAAAGACAGAAUCAUUCCGUCCCUCCCAGCGCCGAAGUGGUUUGACAAUCAGAAGACAACAGAGACGAGGCAAGGCACGCUGGCAGAGUACUGCCGCGAUCUCAUCGCCCUGCCGCCGAAGAUCUCCCGCUGCCAGCUGGUGCGGGAAUUUUUCCAGGUCAGACCGGAGGACGAGAAUCCACCUGCACCGCACCCGUAUAAAAGAAAUGAAACCUUCGUGAUGUCAAAGGACAGAGCAAGAGACAACAAAACUGAGAUUACAGGUCCUAUUAUCCUGGAGACUUACAGAGUGAUCGCAGACUACAAGCAGAGCUCCAAGUACGAGCUCAGCCUGGAAGUGGGAGCUUUGGUGGACAUUGUUGAAAAGACCACUAACGGCUGGUGGUUCUGCCAGUGUGACUCACGACGUGGCUGGGUACCCGCUUCCUACCUGGAGCCCCUGGAGGGACCCGAAGAGGGCGAGGAACCAGAGCCCGACUACGAAGGGGAGCUGUACGUCACCACGAAAGGCUACGAAGCUGUGGAAGACGACGAGCUGACUCUCGUUGCUGGGGAGACAAUAGAGGUCAUCCACAAAUUGCUGGACGGCUGGUGGGUGGUCAGAAAGGGAGAGCAAACGGGGCACUACCCUUCCAUGUUCCUGUUCAAGACGGGGGAGAAGAAAGAGGCGACGAAUGAGGGGACCGCUUUCAGGAGGCAGACACCACCGCCCAGGAGGUCCACAAUUCGCAAUAUCCAGAGUAUCCAUGCCAAGGGACGCAGCAAGAUGAGCCAGGACGCCUACCGCAGGAACAGCCGACGCUACCUGCAGCAGCGCGGGCAACGCGCCUCCAGAGAAAGACCCAAACAGCCCCCCCUGCUGGAACGAAGCAACAACAGUGAGAACAUUGCUCCGAAGCCAGGGGUCCCCCAGACCGUUACAGAGCAGAAGGAGGACCUCCCCGCUAUCCCUCCGCGCCCUAGUCCGGAGCUCAUUAUGGAACGCUGCACGGAAGACACGCGCAAGAAAGUCAGCAUCCGCAAAGCCAGCGGAGAGGGUGACGGGCCCACAAAGAUCACCUUAUAGAAGGCUACUGCGCUGCCCCCCCCCCCCCCCCGUCCACACACACACACAACUAUGUGAUCUUUUACAAAGCUUUGUCUCUGCACAAUGUGAAAAAUAGGAGAGGAAUUUUCAUAUGUAAGAGAACAUCAGAAAGAAUAUACAGUACUACUUUCGCUCAACGUGUGUCAAUAUUCUCAUUUUAGGCAAUCCUGCAUUAUUUACACAAUUUGUAUGUAGAUUUUGUAUAUACUUUUUCAAAGCAAUAUCUGUGUAGGGUAAAGCUAAUUUGCAGUGAACAAGACCUUUCAAUGUGUUUGAAGUAAGCGUUCUAUCAUCCAAGGACCAUGGAAGUUUUUCAGCUGAAAAAGGCCUUCUUUAAAUAAAUAAAGCUAAUAAUAAGCUUUAAAUAAGCUAAUUGCUGCAGUACAGCCCCCUGUGAAGAUAUUACUGUUUACAAGAUGUAAUUGUUUAUAAAUUGCAACUUUGUUUUAUGAAGGACACCCGUUGCUUUUUUCAUUUUGAAUAAAAACAUAAAAUAAAA